AGUCCCGAGAUCGCGUGCUCUGAGCCGGAAGUACCUCCUAAACCGUAAAGCGCUGGCGCUGGCGUCACUUCCGCUGCAGACCUGCGUGGUGCAUAAGGAAGCCCGGGAGUCGGCCGCUCUCUUUUCCUCAGGCUGCCGGGAAGAUGGCGGACAUUCAGACCGAGCGUGCUUACCAAAAGCAGCCGACAAUCUUUCAAAACAAGAAGCGUGUUCUUCUGGGAGAAACUGGCAAGGAAAAACUCCCUCGGUACUACAAAAACAUCGGUCUAGGCUUCAAGACUCCCAAGGAGGCCAUCGAGGGCACCUACAUAGACAAGAAAUGCCCCUUCACUGGUAACGUCUCCAUCCGAGGUCGGAUCCUGUCUGGGGUUGUGACCAAGAUGAAGAUGCAGCGGACCAUUGUCAUCCGUCGGGAUUACCUCCAUUACAUCCGAAAGUACAAUCGCUUUGAGAAGCGCCACAAGAACAUGUCUGUGCACCUGUCCCCGUGCUUCAGGGAUGUACAGAUUGGCGACAUUGUCACCGUGGGAGAGUGCAGGCCCCUGAGCAAGACCGUGCGCUUCAAUGUACUCAAGGUCACUAAGGCUGCUGGCACCAAGAAGCAGUUUCAGAAGUUCUGAGAGGACUCUAGCUAACUCCCUGGAACAAAUAAAGUUAUUUUCCAGCUUAA